UCAAUUGUUGCCACCACCACACAAAAAACACACUUCCAGGUAGAGAGAGAAAAACUAGAGAGAGAGAGAUAUAGCCAUGGAUGGAAUGCACGAUCAUGAUAUGGGUAUGGGUGCACCACCACCGAUGGGUCAUUCUAUGCUGGGUCGCCGGCACAUGAUGAUGCACAUGACCUUCUUUUGGGGGAACAAUGCGGAGGUAUUGUUCGAUGGAUGGCCUGGACACAGUUCUGACAUGUAUGCGCUAUCUUUGAUAAUGGUCUUUGUUUUGGCUUUAAUUGUUGAGUGGCUCUCUCACUGCCAGCUGAUCAAGGCCGGUAUGAACCGUGUCGUGGCCGGGUUGGUUCAGACCAUGAUGCACGCUUUCAGGGUUGGUGUUUCUUUGUUGGUGAUGUUGGCUAUCAUGUCUUUCAAUGGUGGUGUGUUCUUAGCCGCCGUGGCUGGUCAUACUGUGGGAUUCUUGCUUUUUGGGAGCAGGGUUUUCAAGAAAUCACACAACAAUUCUCCUCACAAAACUCCCCAUUCUGAUCUUCCUCCAAUAACUUGUUGAUUGGUCUCUGUUUCUAGGAAAUAAUCAAUUUGUCAUCUGUUUUUGGGUGUAAUUAUGAUGUUCAUUUCGGAAAAGUUGAAAAAGUUGUCAAUUUUGUUGUAGUUUUGUGAUUUUGUCUGUUGUCAGUUGGAAAGUAAAUGAGAUAUUUUGAAACUUUAA